AUGGUCAGUGACUCCGGGCUGCUCACAACCAUCAAGCGAAGGAGGACAGUGAGAGAGGAAGAGAGUCCCGAGGAAGAAAACAGGAGGCACCUGAACAUUGGUGGGGGUACCUCUGAAGUUUGCCGACGGAGUUCUGACAUCCCGGGUCACGGAGGGGAAGACCCCUGCCGGAAAGCCGUAUCGCUCUUUGCUGACGCGCUGGAGCAAGGCGGGAUCCUGGACGUGCCGCAGCCCAGUUUGGCGUUUGGUGGUGGCAGCUCCAGCCAAAACACCCCUGGGUGGAGGCAUGCUGCUGGACCCACUGAAGGGCCGUAUCUGUCAAAUCAACUCCCGGUGGUUGGGUUGGCACGCCAGAAACCAUGGUUCAUGAAACGCUGGCCAGUGCACAAUAUGUCAACACAGGCCGACUGCAUCAUGGCCCAGGAUUGUAUGGAUGAUCUCAGGACCCCCUGCAAGCACACCCUUGUAACGGACUCCUUUGCCCCCAUCUCGAUGAUUUGGUCAAAAGCCGUAGGAAGCAAGCCUUCUCCGCAGACCUCCUCAGCUGCCUGGGGGUCCCAGGAGGACAACCGGGACGGUGCCGGACUGGGCAUCAGCCGCCAGAGAUUUCCGCCUGUCUGGUCCUGCCCUCUAGUGGUCACAGGGGAGAACCACACCCUUGCCCGAGGAAGCUUGAGGGUCUCUUCGGCGAUGCUCCCUCCGCCCCGCUGGCUGCUUUGUGAUCUUCAAUAUGGCCAUCAGCAGACGGACCCGCUGAAGCGUUCACAUAAUGAUGCUAAAAUGGGAGUACGCAUUGGAUGCAAAGCUUUUCCUGGGGCCUCCCGUGGCUCAGGGGACCUGCAGAAGAAGGCCCUCCCCUGGGCGCUCGGGAAGAGCCUGUCCGAUAGUGUUUCCUUCAAGGACCCAGCGGUUCUCCUGGAAAGGCAGAAGCAGCAGGAAGAACCAUACAGAGAUGAUGAUGAUGAUGAUGGAAAGGCGGAACUGCGUUCCUUCCAGAUCUCCCCCCAGGAUUCCCCCCGGCCCAGCUCGCUGCCCCGAAAGAGGGGGGGGGGCGCUGCCAGGCUUCCCCGGGAAAGUCGUUCCGAAGCAGGGGAGGGGGCUUUCACCCAGAGGCCGGCUUCCUCGGGCCCCCGGCGCCCCCGAAGGAGGCGGCCUGCGUCCCCACCGCCCGGGGGGGAGCGAUGGGCGCGGGAGUCCAGCCAGCAGCCCCGCCCGUCCAGGGGGGGAGGGAGGGGGAGGGGGGAGCGCCGCCGCCCGGCCGCGCUCGAAGGCUCCAGAAGGGAGGGCGCCGUCCGCGCCGCCCCGGCCGCUGCCCGCUGUCCACGUCUCCCUCCGGGGGCGGGCCGGGGGCGGGGCGGGGCGGGCGGCGCGCGCGCGCGCACUGGCCGGCUGCGCGUGAAAGCGCCCUUUAUUUUGGCCCGGCGGGGAGCAGCCGGCCGCCCAGCCGGCCAGCGGGGGAGCGGGCAGGCGGCGGCGGCGGCGGGCAGGCCGGGCAGCGAGGCGGCGCGGAGGGGCGCCGCGGGGAGACCCGCUCGGGGCGGGGCCGGCCGGGCCGGAAGCGGCGCGUUGCUGGCGGCCGGCUCCGCGCCGCCGCCGCCGCCGCCGCUCCAGCUCUUCUUCUACGGCCAGGGCCGCCCCCCGCCCGAGCCGCGGCCCGAGGGCGCCGGAGCCAGCACGGCCGCCGCCCGCCACGGCGCCUCCGGAGCGCCGCCCGCGCGAGCAGGCUAUGGUGAGCUCAAUGGGAGCAUCGGUGAACAGGAGCCCUUCCUGAAACCUCCCAGCGCCGGUGACUUGCCCUGCCCGCUUUCCGCGGUUCCCAACGGCGGCCAGCCCUGCAGGGAGCCCGGCCUCGCCCUCAAGCAGACCAUAAAGGGUGGCCUGUUUGUCAAAGCUGGGCUGAAGGCCAAGAGCCUCAGCCUGAAAAGCGGCCCGGAGAGAAAGAGCGAGAGGUACUACGAGAGCAAAGCACGGGGGAGCCCGUCCUGGGACAAGGCCGAGACGCACCCGGUCCCCAACGGCAUCAUCGUCGUCACUGGCGGCAGCCCGGAGUGCGUCGCCAACGGCUGCGUCAGCAGAGGGGCCGACAACGACGGGAGCGGGUCGGAGAGCGGCUACGCCACCCCCAAGAAGCGGAAGGGUCGGUGCAACAGCGGCAAGGGCUGCGAGAACCUGAGCCUGGCACGGGAGAAGACCGUGCCGUGUGGCCCUCCCGCCCCGGCCCUCGUGGCCCCGGCGCUGAAGCUGGAGCCGGAAGCCUUCAAGCCCGAUGGCGGGGACCCGAAGGCGGGGCCCUGCUUGGACGGUCUGAAGCCUGCUUGGAAGUGCGAGGCGGGGGGCUUGGGCGCGGGGCGGGGGAAGCCAGGGGUCGGGGACGUGCUCCGGAAGAUCUCCGAUGCCAAAGUCGGGGUGGCCGGUAGAAAGUUUGAGGAGCGUCCCAAGGGGAAGCACGUGCUGGUGUCCUCGAAAGAGGACUCCUGGACCCUCUUCAAGCCUCCCCCGGUUUUCCCCGUGGAUAACAGCAGUGCAAAGAUCGUUCCCAAGAUCAGUUACGCAAGCAAAGUGAAAGAGAACCUCAACAAGGCCGUGCAGAACUCGGCCCCUUCUCUCUCCUCCUCCUCCUCCUCCUCCUCCUCGUCCUCCUUGUGUUCGUCCUCUGCCGUGGAGGUCCAGGCCUCCAGCCGCCUCUCCCAGGUCCCCAUGUCCGCCAUGAAAUCCGUCACGUCCGCAAACUUCUCCAACGGGCCCGUCUUGGCAGGGGCCGAUCGUGGUGUGUGUCCAGCGGGGGUCCAGUCCCUGCUUGUGCCAGCUGCUAGUACGGUCCUUUCGGCUUCUUCCAAAUCGGUGUCCCAGGACACCGGUCCCUCCGUGGCGGCUGUGGACCAGCAGAAGUCGAGUCUUUUCAUCUACCCCUCAAAUAUGCACGGCCUGUUCAACGUGGCUGCCCAGGCCGAGUCUCCGUUUCUGGCGACCCAGCAAAACUUGGGGGAUAUCUUCCAGAACCAGUGGGGGUUAUCGUUUAUAAAUGAGCCCAGCGCGGGCCCGGAGACCACCACCAGGAAGCCGGCGGACAAUAAGCCGGCCGAGGUGACCUUUCAAGGGCCCUGCCCCGGCAUGUCGGUUUCUCAGGGGGCUGAGACGCCUUCCCCUGGACCCGGCCAGCCUGCGUUCCCCAAGGCUUAUGAGCUGGCCAAACGGACUAGUCCCCAGCUCUUGAGUGGCCUCCUCAAGCUGGGGACCGCCGGGGAGGAGAGCGACCUGCUGCUAGAGCCCCACCCGCCGGGCGACCUGCACCAGGCUGAGCUCAGCGGCCCAGGGGCGUGCGUGUUCCUCGCCAAGGACUAUAACGUAGACAGUCGCCUGUCUUCUCCCACGGACACUUUGUUAGUCUCCACCAAAGAGCAGAGGUCCCCGUGCGGCCUAGAGAGGAAAGAGAGCUGGGGGGAGUUCGACCUGAGGGCAGCCGUUCUAUAUCACGUUCAAGAGAUGGAAUCGAUUUGUAAUUUGCAAAAGCGAGACCCCAAGCGGAUAAUCACUUACGCUGAAGGCCUCGAUGGUCCCAGCACCUGAGAAGCAGCCGAAGGUCUCCCUGGGCCCGUGGCGAGCCCCCUGCACCGUCCCUGGAGGGGCCGCUUGGCAGCUCCGGCAGCCCGAACCCAAAUCGCAGGAUCCUAUCUUCAAGUGUGUGUCCGUGUGUAUCCCUGUACACACCCACGUAACACAAUAUAUAUACUGGGCAUGAUGAAACUUCACACCAAGUUGGCAGAGACUCCCAUGCGAUUAUUUAAACCCCAGUUCCAAAUGUUCAAUUCUUUCCCGACUCUCUUUUUUUUUUUCCAUUUCAUUUUUCUUUAUAUUUUUUUCCUCUUAAAAGAAACCAGGUGUGGGUAGAGACUUAGCUCGUCCUGGGGCUCUGGGCGUUGCGAGCAAAAGCGUUUCAGGUUCCCAUCUUGGUGUUUUUGGGGGCUUUGCAAUCAUUGGGAACACACUAACCAGGAGGAGACGGGGAUGGUUGCCCCCCUCUUCCGCACCCCAGCUUUCUUCACUGGGGGGCAACAAUCCUGAAUCAUUGUGUCUCCCCACCCUGGCCCAAAAAAAAAGUGGAAUUUAAUCAGUUGCCAAAAUGCUGGGUUACACUUUGGGGUGGGGAGUAGAGGCAUCGUUUCCACGGAGAUGUGUCCAUCCUUCAGAACCCUUGACCGUUGGGGUGAGCAAGGUAUUUGGGUCCUACUAAGGUAUCCAGGGUUGGGGUGUGAAUGUGUCUCUGUGCGCAAGAUCCAGAGAGAGGCACUCUCUGGAAACCCUUUCCAUCACUGUACGCAGAAUCCCCCAGGAUCAAGCAAAAAACUGGAUUUGUUCUGAGUUUUCCCUCCUGCGAGAGGUAGCUGGCAAUUCCUGAGUGUUGAUUCUUCGCUGCAAAGCUGAAGCCUCUCCUUUUGCGAACGGUAUGCGUUGCAUGUGUGAGUGCGUGGACCCCCAAUGCACAUGGCAACUUUUAUGGAAGUUAAUUUAUAAAAGGGAAACAGAACAUCCCAGUGCAUCUGACUUCCCUCUCGCUGUUCCCCCCCUUCUCCUGGGGUUUGCCUCCCCCCCACUUCCCCAAGCCUGCUUUCCCUCCCUGGUGGUAACUCUGGGCCCCGAGGGCCUUCUGGAGGGUGGGCUGUGCACUUCCGUCUGUCCAUUUUUCUUACCCGUUCCUUUUCUUGCAAAAGCCAUGUGGAGAAAGGAGAGCGGUUGGCUGGAAACUGGAAACGUUUCAAAGAAUUCCUUGGGGUUAAGUCUUUGUUUGGCGGAGCAGGCAGGGUCAGGGAUGGGCUUUGGCGCAUCCUCAGCUGCAGCCAGGUAGGGCAUUCAGAGAAGGGGGUCUUCGGCCUGAGGCAGUUGCCCCCCGAUAAGGCAAAAGGCCCUGCCGGGACAAGCAAGGGCUGGCGAAUUCUGGGUUGUGCUGCAUGCUUUCACAGACAAUCCCCAGAGCUGCUGGGCACUACAAGAAAUUGCGUUUUUGGGGGGGGGGGAAUUGUUUUGAUCCCACGAAAGUCUUUUCACAGGGUCUUGAUCUCCCAAGGGGAGAGGUUUUGCCACUGUUUUAGACUCCCCCUCAGCACACGUGAUGCACGUCCUGCGGCGUUUCCACCCGUAGUGCGUCUACUCAAAUGGUUCCUGAGACGAUUUUUCCUCCCCUUAGAAGUGCUGCUUUUAUUCCGCGAUGAUUUACUGGCUAUCCCGUUGCUUCGACUCCCAAGGAACCGGUUGGGUGGUAGAUCCUCCUGUGGUUUUAUUUGGGCAUCCUGGUGGACACAACUCUUUCCUCCCCUCCCCGAGUGCUUGUAUUUUUCUGUGCCCCAAAUAGAGCUUAAUGAUUGUCCUGUAAUAUCUUCAUGGGGGAAUUGAUCUGUUCCUUCCUGAUUAUGGACAAAAUAUUAUCCCCUCCCCCAUAUAAACUUCCCUUGUUUUAAGCCUCCCUCUUUUUGGAAAGUUCUCGCAAAAUUCUCUGACAGCUUAUUAAACAGAAACACUUCCGUAACCC